UCUUAGCUGCUAGUCACUCAAUAGACAGGACUAGUUAAGGAAAACCUAUAAAAAUACUACUACGAUCUUUAAUCUUAUCGGGAAAACCUAUUGACUGGCCUCUGGGCUCUGGCUAUGGAAAUAUCCGAGAAAUGAGUGGAGAUGCUGUGACGAGUUGCAACUUUCACGGUACCAUAAAGGUCCAAGUGCAGUCGACGCACGGCUUUGACCAUUGACGGUGACUUUGACCAACAUGGCUCCACAAAAAUGCACGCGUUCAUCAAUGGCUGCUCACAAAUCACAAAUCUGCAAACUCGUGCUCCAUAGCUCCAGCAACAGGUGACUCCACCAUGCGAUACACCGGCGCCAAGCUGUUCCUGCUCGUAGUCACACCCAUCGUCGUCCUUACCACCACCGCACUAGAACCCCAACACCCCCAUGGAGGAGGCUGCAUCCCCCAUGAAAGAGCAGCCUUGCUCUCCUUCAAGCAAGGGAUCACCAAAGACCCUAACAACGUCUUCGGCUCGUGGAAAGGCCAGGAUUGCUGCCGGUGGAGAGGCGUCAGGUGCAGCAGCACCACCGGCCAUGUCCGCAAGCUUCAUCUUCGCAACGACGCGUACAUCGGCAUCAAUGAUGAUGACAACAUUCACAAGUACGGGUUAUCCGGCGAGAUCAGCUGUUCUUUGCUCUUCCUGGACCAUUUGGAGCACUUGGACCUUAGCAUACCAGUUGGAGACGCCGACUAAUUGUUUUCCGGAAUUCCUAUGCUCCUUGAAGAGCUUGAGGUAUCUGAAUCUAUCUGGAAUAUCUUUUCAAGGUGAAUUACCCCCGCAGCUUGGAAACCUGUCGAGUUUGCAAUAUCUUGACAUACUUGACACCAAUUUCGGUUGUUGCCGAAUGUACUCGAAAGAUUUGUCGUGGUUAAGACAGUUAUCUUCACUACGGUACCUCGGUAUCCCCUCGGUGAAUCUCUCCACUGUCGUUGACUGGGUUCGCCUGGUAAACAUGAUCCCUUCUUUGAGAGUCCUUGUUCUUCCUCAUUGCUCACUUGCUAGUGCAGAGCAAUCGCUCCUACACCUUAAUUUUACAAAGCUUGAGGAGCUUGAUCUCUCUAGUAACUCAUUCCACCACCUGGUCGCAUCGAGUUGGUUUUGGGGUGUGAAAAGCCUCAAGUACCUCCGGCUUAGCGCCAACCAUUUAUAUGGUAAAUUUCCUGAUGGUUUGGGAAAUAUGACAUCCUUAGAGGUACUUGAUUUUUCAUACAACUCGAAUAAGGAGUUGACCGCACCAAACUUGGCAAGCUUAUGCAACUUAGAAGUGCUAGACCUUGGUGGCAAUUCCUUGCAUGGGGACAUACAUGUGGUGAUGGAGAAGCUACCACGGUGUGCUUGGAACAAUUUACAGUAUCUGGGUUUGAGUGAUAACCACAUGACAGGAAACUUGCCAAAUUGGAUAGGGAAUCUGACCAGUUUGGGAAGUUUGGACCUCUCAAGCAACCGUCUCAGUGGGCAUGUAUCGUCUGAAAUUGGAGCAUUGAGUAAUUUGACUGAUUUGGAUCUCAGCAACAAUUCCUUUAAUGGUGUAAUUACAGAGAAGCACUUUGAAGGUCUGUUGCCUGAGAAUAUGGAAGCUAUGCCAUGGGGAAUACUGUGGCUCAACUCAAACGAGCUUAGAGGUCCAAUACCACCAUUGCCAGCAGACCUUGAUAUACUGGACAUCUCCAUGAACUCCUUUUCAGGACCACUGCCAUCGAAUUUUGGUUCACGAGAUAUAGAAACAUUGAUUAUGUUCUCCAAUAACAUUACUGGCAGCUUCCCAACAUCUAUGUGUCAAUUGCAGAGUUUGGUCGACUUGGAUUUGUCAAACAAUGCUUUGGAAGGAGAAAUUCCUCAAUGUUUUCAGGCCAAUACAAUGAAGUAUCUAUUAUUAAGUAAUAAUAGUCUAUCCGGAGAAUUCCCAAUGUUUAUUCAAAACUGCACCGAAUUAGUCAUCUUGGAUCUAGCACGAAACGUGUUCUCUGGAAGCUUGCCUACAUGGGUAGGUGACUUGGCAAAUUUGGAGUUUAUUCUACUGAGCCACAAUAUGUAUUCUGGUAAUAUUCCCAGCAGCAUCACAAGACUCAAGCGCCUGCAAUUGUUGGAUCUGGCAAGCAACAAUCUAUCUGGUGCCAUACCUCAGUAUCUCGCAAACUUAACAUCCAUGACCCUGAAGGGCUUAGCGCCAUCAUCUGAUCCAGUCAAUAUUGACCCAUUUGAGCAUGGUAUCUAUGACCUCCCUUUGGCAAGUCAAUUUGGAGAAAUUAUGCCAGUGAACAUCAAAGGACAGGAACUGAAAUAUGGCCAUGGGAUUAGGAUGAUGGUGAGCGUUGAUCUCUCAUGCAACCGGUUUACAGGUAGAAUCCCGGAAGAUGUCUCUUCUCUUGAUGCUCUGAUAAAUCUAAAUUUAUCAAUGAACGAGCUGAGCGGAGACGUUCCUGGCAAGAUUGGUGCCAUGCAGUCCCUGGAAUCACUCGAUCUGACAAGCAACAAGCUUUCUGGUGAAAUCCCGUCCAGUCUAUCAAACUUAACAUACCUGAUAUACCUGAACCUGUCCUAUAACAGAUUAUCAGGAAGAAUACCAUCAGGCCACCAACUCGACACACUCAAUGUGGACUAACCCAUCCGCUAUGUACAUCGGCAACAGUGACCUCUGUGGUCCCCCACUCGAAAAGAAAUGCCAAAGAAAUGAUACAUCAACGAAAGGUGAUCUUGGAACAAGUAGUGAGUCAGGUGAGCUAAAUUAUUACUGGUUUGGUUUUAUCGUGGGCUUGAUAGUGGGCCUGUGGGCGGUGUUUUGUGCCAUGUUGUUCAAGCGGGCAUGGAUGGUCGCUUAUUUGCGCCUCCUCGACAAGACGUAUAACAGAAUCUAUGUGUUCGCGGUUUGCAAUUGGGCGAGACUGUUUGUGCGUGCAACUGGGAAUUAAUCAAGCUCUCAUCUUGGUAAUUAUGCUGCCUUGGGGAGUAGAUUGAGAAGUGAGGGCUGCAAACAAAUCCAUGAUGCGAAGAGAAAAAUAGGGGGGUGAACGAAGGAACUUUAUACCAGGUGGCAGGUGGUGUACACGUUUUUAACCACUUUAUUUAUCGACACAUGCAUAACCUUAUGCUAUCCUAUGUAAUAUGUAAUGUAACACUCCUUCCGUUCCUAAAUAUUUGUCUUUCUAGUGAUUUCAACAAGUGACUACAUACGAAUGUAUAUAGACAUAUUUUAGAAUGUAGAUUCACUCAUUUUGUUUCGUAUGUACUAGUCACUUGUUGAAAUGUUUAGAAAGACAAAUAUUUAGAAACGAAGGGAAUAAUAGUGUAUUGGAAUUUGGU